AUGUUGCCCGCGGUCCAUGUCGGAUUCUACAGUUCAGACAAGAUAGCACACCAUUCUCCACACAUUCCACACAAGCGGUGCGCAAAGUUCAGCCGAGCCGUUGCAAAGCCUGUCCUAGCUUCGUUGCUGGCCUCGGCAGCCUGUGUUCACCUGAAAUGUGGGCACUUUGCAGCCCGUUCAAAGGCGCUCAGGGGACGGAGACCUUGCGUGACCUUCUGUAAGCCGGCAGAGCUCCAGGAGCUCCCACCUCGAAAGCUCGUCGUGAUCUCAGGCACGCCAUCAUGGACAGAGAAAGUCGGGAGAGAAGCUCUUGAAGUCAUGGAAGCACGGGCCACGCGCUCGGGCCGCAAGUUGAGGGCACUGAUUGCCUAUGACUUCCGGGCGGACAAGCCGCCGCCUGCCUCUGAGUGGAUGGGCCAGGAGAUCGAUGCCGCAUUGCUCUCAGUCCAACGGUUGAACUUUCUUGACACCUUUGGAGCAGUUUGUGGAGCUCUUCGAGGUGGAGGGGUGCUUCUUCUUUGUACUCCAGAGCUGGACAACUGGAAAGCUUCUUCUAGCGCCGGAAGACGGUGGUGUCGGGAGAUCGAGACCCUGGCAUCAGAAAGCUAUGCAGCUUCGGCUUCCUUCAUCAGCCAGCAAACGUGGCAGACCUCCGACCUGGCUGAGAGCCUGAGCUCUGUCAUGCCUGUUUGGCCCAAGGGCACCAAGCUUGAAAUGGCCGCAACAGCUGAUCAGCAGCGCAUCAUCGAAGCAGUGCUGCAAACGAGCAGCGCCAGUCCACUGCUGAUUUCAGGGAGGCGCGGUAGGGGGAAGUCUGCUGCACUUGGCUUGGCUGCGACCGUCCUGCUGCGGCGUGGCUGCGAGAAAAUCCUGGUGACUUCUCCGUCCAUAGAGUCCACGAGACAGCUUUUUGAUUCGGCUGAGCGUGCCGCCCGAUCUGUGUCCACUGAGCUGCGGGUCUCGCGCAAAGAUUCCGGAACGCUGGAAGUUGGACAGGUUGGAUGCUUGACCUUUGUUUCAAUCAGUCAGCUUCUUGGUAGCACGGGCCAUGACUUAUUGCGCAGCUGUCAGUACCUCUUCGUGGAUGAGGCAGCGGGGAUUCCUGUUGCAGAGGCCAGGCGCCUCCUUAUGAGGACUCGGCGGGUGGUCAUGGCAACGACCCUGGAUGGCUAUGAGGGGAGUGGCCAAGGAUUUCUGCUGCGAGCAUUGCCUGCACUUCAAAAGACCAAGCGAGACCUCCGCCAUAUCCAGCUGACGACACCACUACGUUGGAGAGCCGGCUGGGUUCUCAGUGGCCUGUGUUCAAUCGGGCAAGUGGUUAUGGCUGAGGUCGUGUUGGGUUGUAGAUGCGGGCAGAGUCCGAAGGCUGAUGUGCUGACGUGCCUGCAGCUGGUUCAAGCUGACGCUUGCAUGAUUUCGCACACGAUUCUAGUCUCCGACAAUGACGAGCUCCGCUGCCAAAAAGAGCAUUGA